AUGGUUUCUCUGACGGAAAUGCCAGAAUUGGUCAUGAACAACAUUCUGGAAAAAUUGGAUUUGAGAUCAAUACUAAGUCUUCGAAAAGUAUGUCAUGACCUCCGUAAUUUCAUUGACGACGGCAAACCUGAUCCUCAUUUGACUGAGAUUGAGAUUACUGUGAAGUACUCCAGUAUCACUCUGAUCAUGAGAAUUCACCAUUUAAAAUUGAUAAACCAUGAAAUAAAAUACAAGAAAGAAGACACAAAGGGAUGUUCAGUUGUCUACGAGAAACGAGAGAAACUUCUGGAAAAUGAAAAUUAUAUCAGCACAUUCGCUAAAGAUUUGGAAGUCGUUUUGACAGUUUUUGAAUCAAAAAUGAAAUUGGAAAAGUUCGAUUUGAAUUGGCGAUACGCACACCACGAGGUUUUUGAUGAAGUUUCGAAAAAGAUGGAAUCGAUUCUGAAACCGUAUAAACUGAAAGUGAAGAAAGUGACCAUCGAGGCAUUCGAACAAAGUCACGUGAUGUCGAUUCUACCGUACUUAGAUCCUAAACCCCUCUAUCAAAUCGAUAUUUCGGAAGCAUGUCUUCCCGAUUAUUCCGUUUACAAAAAUAAUCCAUUGAAGUUAGAUGAAGUAGUUGAAUUAGAACAAUGGAAGGAUGCUAACGAGAUUUUGAUAGCAAGACAAGUUGAGCUACCGGAUAUGAAGAACUUGGAAAAUGCUAGAUGUGUUUUUGUCACUUUGGAUUCAAUUAAGUUGGAAGAUUUGAUCGAAUUGAAAGAGCAGUUCCUACUCUCCAGAACACUCGGAGAAUACGACAUGGAAUAUGCCAGUUUCGAUGAACAAGAUCAAUUUUUCGAACCAUUUGGAGUCCCAUAUCUAGAAUAUCAAGAGAAUCCAGACAGCAAGCAGUGGUUCUUCAAAACUGAGCAUCCCGAUCAAAUUCUUCAAAUUCAUCAUUACAAUGAUGGAGUGUGGCAUGUCAAAUUUGUGAUUUUUAAUAAACGACGCAUUCCGAGUGAAGCUAUUAUUCAAUGA